AUGGGGCUGCCCACGCUGGAGUUCAGCGACUCCUACUUGGACAGCCCGGAUUUCAGGGAGCGCCUGAAGUGUCACGAGAUCGAGCUGGAGAGAACGAACAAGUUCAUCAAGGAGCUGAUUAAGGACGGCAGCCUCCUCAUCGGGGCCCUGCGGAAUUUAUCCAUGGCAGUGCAAAAAUUUUCACAGUCUUUACAAGAUUUCCAGUUUGAGUGUAUUGGAGAUGCUGAAACUGAUGAUGAAAUUAAUAUUGCCCAGUCACUGAAAGAGUUUGCUCGGCUCCUGAUAGCUGUUGAAGAAGAGAGGAGACGACUGAUCCAGAAUGCUAAUGAUGUGCUAAUAGCACCGCUGGAGAAGUUUCGUAAAGAACAAAUAGGAGCAGCAAAAGAUGGGAAGAAGAAGUUUGACAAGGAAAGUGAGAAAUACUAUUCCAUCCUAGAGAAGCACUUAAAUUUAUCAGCAAAGAAGAAAGAAUCUCAUUUGCAAGAUGCAGAUACACAGAUUGACAGAGAACAUCAAAACUUCUAUGAAGCAUCAUUAGAAUAUGUUUUUAAAAUUCAAGAAGUACAAGAAAAAAAGAAAUUUGAAUUUGUUGAACCUCUCUUGGCCUUUCUUCAAGGAUUAUUUACAUUUUACCAUGAAGGAUAUGAACUGGCUCAGGAGUUUGCACCAUACAAGCAGCAGCUGCAGUUCAAUUUGCAGAAUACCAGGAAUAACUUUGAAAGCACUAGGCAGGAAGUGGAGAGACUCAUGCAAAGAAUGAAAUCAGCCAACCAGGAUUACAGACCACCAAGUCAAUGGACAAUGGAAGGCUAUCUCUAUGUGCAGGAGAAACGACCUCUUGGAUUUACAUGGGUAAAACAUUACUGCACUUACGAUAAAGGAACAAAAACAUUUUCAAUGAGUAUAGCUGAAACAAAAUCUGGUGGAAAAGUGAAUGGCCUUGUCACAAGCUCACCAGAAAUAUUCAAGCUAAAAUCUUGCAUCAGGAGAAAGACAGAUUCAAUUGACAAACGUUUCUGUUUCGAUAUUGAAGUAUUUGAGAGACCUGGAAUCAUCACACUGCAAGCAUUUUCAGAAUCCAACCGAAAACUUUGGCUUGAAGCUAUGGAUGGAAAGGAACCAAUCUACACACUGCCAGCCAUUAUUAGCAAGAAGGAAGAAAUGUUCUUAAAUGAAGCAGGUUUCAACUUUGUGAGAAAAUGUAUUCAUGCUGUAGAAACAAGAGGUAUUACAAUCCUGGGACUCUACAGAAUAGGUGGUGUAAACUCCAAGGUGCAAAAGCUGAUGAAUACCAUAUUUUCCCCUAAAUCUCCUCCUGAUAUGGAUAUUGAUAUGGAACUUUGGGACAAUAAAACAAUAACAAGCGGACUAAAAAACUACCUCAGGUGUCUUUCAGAACCACUGAUGACUUUCAAGCUGCACAAAGAUUUCAUUGUUGCUGUUAAGUCAGAUGAUCAGAACUACAGAGUUGAGGCAGUGCAUGCGCUUGUGCAUAAGUUACCAGAGAAGAACAGAGAGAUGCUGGACAUCCUUAUCAAGCACUUAGUCAAGGUAUCAUUACACAGUCAGCAAAAUCUAAUGACUGUAUCCAACCUUGGUGUUAUCUUUGGACCAACUCUGAUGAGAGCUCAAGAAGAAACCGUGGCUGCUAUGAUGAACAUUAAGUUUCAGAAUAUCGUCGUUGAAAUUCUGAUAGAGCAUUAUGAAAAGAUAUUUCACACUGCACCAGACCCCAAUAUUCCUCUUCCCCAACCUCAGUCCCGAUCAGGUUCAAGAAGGACAAGAGCAAUUUGUCUCUCCACAGGUUCACGUAAACCCAAAGGAAGAUAUACACCAUGUCUAGCCGAUCCUGACAGUGACUCGUACAGCAGUAGCCCAGACAGCACUCCCAUGGGCAGCAUUGAAUCUCUCUCUUCCCACUCCUCCGAGCAGAACAGCACUACCAAAUGCACGCCCUCACAGCCCAGGGAGAAAUCAGGAGGGAUUCCAUGGAUUGCCUCUCCCCCUUCUUCUAAUGGCCAGAAGAGUUCAGGCCUCUGGACUACAAGUCCAGAAUCCUCAUCAAAGGAGGAUGCAACUAAAACAGAUGUGGAGUCAGACUGCCAAAGUGUAGCUUCUGUCACUGGACCAGAGAAUGCCUCUCCACCAACAGACCUGAUCAAAAAGAGUUCUUACAGUCUGUCUGGGCUGAAAAGGUCUUCAGCAUCUUCCCUCAGAUCAAUUCCAUCAGCUGAAGGUAACAAAAGCUGCAGUGGAUCUAUACAGAGCUUAUCUUCAACAGAUACCAAAGAUACACCAAAGGCUCCACCAAACCCUGAUUUGCCUCCCAAAAUGUGCAGGAGAUUAAGAUUAGAUACUGCAUCAAGUAAUGGCUAUCAAAGACCAGGAUCUGUAGUGGCUGCAAGAGCCCAGUUGUUUGAAAGUGCUGGUUCACUUAAACAAGUUUCUUCAGGACGACAAGCAAAAGCCAUGUAUUCCUGUAAGGCUGAGCAUAGUCAUGAGCUGUCUUUCCCACAGGGGGCAAUAUUUUCCAAUGUGUAUCCAUCAGUGGAACCAGGCUGGUUAAAAGCAACUUAUGAAGGCAAAACAGGACUCAUUCCUGAGAAUUACGUUGUCUUCCUCUAG